AUGGUCAACAUAAAUGAUUUGGAGGAAAGCGUGACUGGUCUAAUUCGUAAGUUUGCAAAUGAUACAACAAUUGGUGAUGUUGUGGAUACUGAGGAGAAUUGUCUGGGCACAGAGGGAAUUUACCGUGUUAGUGGGAACAAGUCAGAGAUGGAAAGUCUCCAGAGGCAAUUUGAUCAAGACCACAACAUUGUCCUACAGGAGAAGGAUUUUGCAGUGAAUACUAUAGCUGGAGCAAUGAAAAGCUUCUUCUCAGAGCUUCCGGAGCCACUAGUCCCAUAUAGUGCACAGGUCGAACUGGUAGAUGUCAGCAAACAGCCUGAUAAGGAGCUAAAGUUGAAUGCACUUAAGGAAGUGUUGAGGAAGUUUCCUAAAGAGAAUUAUGAGGUCUUCAAAUAUGUCAUCACCCACUUAAACAAGGUCAGUCAGAACUGCAAGUUGAAUCUGAUGAACAGUGAGAAUCUCUCCAUCUGUUUCUGGCCCACGCUCAUGAGGCCUGACUUUCAGACCAUGGAUGCUCUGACAGCUACCAGGACGUACCAGACUAUCAUCGAGCUCUUCAUCCAGCAGUGCCCUUUCUUCUUUUACGACAAGCCAAUCAUGGACCUGAUCAGUGCUGUUCCCAGUUCCCCCACCUCGAACACUGCCUUUCAGUGCCCGUCACCUGUAACAAUGAUUCCUUCACCACCACAGUCGCCUCCCCCAACACCUUAGAGGCCACUUCAGCAACAUCUGUGAACACAACUGCAGACGGAACGGCCAAGUAAACUGUGAAUUGGGUUAUAAAUAUGCCAGGUAUCAUAACUGGGUUCUUUUUCAAAACUGCCUUGGGUUAUGGAACCCUUUUCUGUUGUACAGAGCAGUGUAAUCAUAGUUGUAACAAAUGUCAUGGCACUAAGGAAAUUGAUUAAAUACCCAAAUACUGCAGUGACUGCAAAAAGAAACAGUCCAUAACUUCACAGUGGGUUUUGUGAAACACAAAUAGCACAGAUUCCACUACAGAGUGAUUUCUCAAAAUGCACAAUGUUUAAACAGUUCAUUAUACAGACAAACUCUACUGCUUAUUUAAUUUAAACUUGUUCCCUUCUAAGCCAAUAUAGAAAGUUGCUUUAUUUACUUUUGGUUAGUGCCAACUCUUGCUUAGAGAAUUGUUUUUGAGAUCACGUGCUGCUAUUUUAACCUUUUAUUAAAAAUAAACGCAAAUUUCAAGCGGACUGUGUUAAUUCACAGCAGAUGUGCCCAGUGGACACAGCCUCGUGGCAAUAUUUGUGAAAGCGAGGUGUGAACAUGAGCAGUUAUCCUAGGUAGAAUGACCGAGCCCAGCAUGUAGAUGUACGUCUGUAAAGAUGGUUCAUUUGGGAAGCCAUUCUAACCUUGGGACAUUUGUUUUAAGGAAAAAACACACUAAAUUAAUGUUAUGAUAAAAUCUGUGUGUCCUAAGAUUCUGUAGAGCUUGUAGUAAAGAGGUUUGUCUGUAUAACAAUGAUGUGAGCAGCUGCAUGAAAGUGCUUUGUGCAAAAGGAGAUUUAAUGCUGGUUUUCCCAAUAUCAAUACAGCUUCAGUGGCUGAUGUCUGUGGAACUUUAGAACCUCUUUUGUCUCGUUCUCACUAGCUUGAUCUGUUCUGGUUAGCAAAUGCCUAAUUUGGUCCCUGUCAGAAUCUGAUUGAAACUGUCCUGGAUCAUUACUUAUGGGCAGAAUUUCCUCCUCCUUCCAUGCUUGCCCUAUCUUCAGGGCCACAUUUGUUGUCUGCCCCCACUGCUGCCCCAUCUUUACCCUUUUUUGCCAGACCUGCUUCUUUGUAGUGUUAACUAGGAGCCUCUUGACACAAAAGGACAACCUGUUGCCAACUAAAAGUGUCAGCCAACUUCAUGUCAAACUUUCCCAUCACUUUCGAUGGUUUGUGUGUUCCCCAUCCCUUUUUUAAUUGCGCAAAAAUUAAACGUAUCUUGGCUGGUGCCUUGCAUCCGUCCAGGCAGUAGUUAAGGUGGUUUAGAUGUGGCUUCCUCUGAAAUGGCAUUUUUUUUUUUGUUAAAAGAAUAAAUAAUUAUAAUGCUUGAAUGGCAUGUUAGCACAUGCAUGAUCUAUCACUUAAUGUUUUAUAACCAUCCUGAGGUGUUUCACUUUUGAUGUGUAUCACAAAGACCUUUCUGCCCACUGAUGUCUGCUAGAAAAGCAAAUAUGCGUGGACUGUAUUGAGCAGUGCUGUGAUAGAUCCUGUUUGAAUAGCCUCACUCGGCUGAAACUUGAAGAAUGGCCAAAUUGGCAAGAUAUUGUAGGGUGGCCACUGCCCACUAAAUCAUACCUCAGCACCAAUCAGUGCCUAAAGGAGAUGGAAUGGGGGCUGGAGGAGAAUCAAAAAUAUAAACAUGUACAACUAAAUGCCUGAGCAACGCCAGUCCUGAACCAGUUCACUGUCAAAGUUGGUGUGAAGGCUGCAUGAGGGGUCCUCUUAAAAUAUAUAUAUUGAGGUUUUAUAAUCCUAAAGUUCAAAUUCCACGGCCCCAAGUCUGAGAGCCUACAUUACACAUGCCACUGUAAAUGCAAGAAUUAAUUGUUUAAUGAGCUGAGCAACAGUUGCUAUGAAACAUGCCAUUGUUCAUUAACACUACCAUUAUUUUUAGCAGUUUGUUCUUUGAACUACUAAGCUCCUGUCUAGAGUUUGUAACAAAUCAUGUGUUUCAGGUCAGGAGGCAAAUUCAUCAAUACCUAGCCAGUGUGUUCUUAGCAUUUCUUUCCCCCCAUAGGGCUGUGCCAGCGAAUCAAUUUUAAAACACUUAGUUAAUCUAAGUAUCCAGCUCUGCCAAUUUGGGUAUGGUACGUACAGUUAUGGUCUCUCCAAUAAUAGAACAAACACUAAAAUGUUAUGUGUUUGUGUGUGUGUGAUUUUUUUUUGUAUCUAGUCAAUGUUGUGCGUAUUGACUGGGCAAAAUGUGAAGUGGACAUCCCAGUGAUCCAUUGUUUCCAUAUAAGACGCUGACCAAUUAUUCAACUUUAUAUCUUUUUUUUUUGCAAAUGUAUAUUUCUGAAUGUUUUAAGAAUAGAUUGUUCUGAUUCUAUGUCAAAAAAUUUUGUGUUGGCACAGGCCUUGCCUCCCAGUUAUGAUCCUAAUGACUGGUAGAUAUUGGGAAAGGAUGAUUCAUACAUAGCCACCAGCGAUUACUGAUUGAUUAAUGAUUCCAGAUUUUCAAAGUUAACAAAGUUCUACUUCAUUAGGAAGGCCUGGCUUAGUUUUGAAACUAUGUUUUUAAAAACGAUGCAAUUGUCUGCCUGAGUCUCUAUCCCUAACUCAUCCAUUUCUGAAUUACAAGCUGGUGUGGCAGAUGAGUAAAAGGAGCUGCAGUCUAAAUUUUUUUUUAGAUUAUAGACUACUUCUGAAAUUGAUUGGUAUGGUCUUAUCUGAAAUUGGAAUUCUUCUUGCAACUGAUAACCAGCAAAUCUUCCAGCAGCAGAAGCCAUGCCACGAUGUACAUGGUUAGACAGAGAAGUAGCUCCUGAAAAUAGAUUGAUUUGACAAAUCUGACUUGAUGUUGAAUAAGUGGCUAGUCUUGCACUGUGUCUUGUCUGCAGCAUUUGGGCAUUAAUUCCUUUCGAAUUGAGCGGUGCUCCCUUACAAGGGAAACAAAGCUAAGUUACCCUUUUGGGGAUUAACAGGCUGUCUAAUUUUCUGUUUAUCCCCUGCUGAAUUUGGAUCAAAAAUUGAAUGAAAUUGGCUGAAAGCAAAAUUGAGUUAUUUUGUGUUCGAUAUUGUUAUCUGAAAACGUUAAUAGCUAAAUAAAUCUGAGUGAUAAAAUAUUUCAGUGAACUUUUGUAACCGUCUUCACAAUUCAGAUGAUACUGAAAGGAGUUGGUGUGCAGCACUAGCUUGGGUUCUAUGCCUCUUCAAGACCCCACCACCACACCACACAUGGCAAGUCAUUCCCCAGUGCAUCAGUGAAGAAAGAGGCCAAUGAUUUACAAAACCAUUGAUUAUUUUUCAAUUUUUUCUCCCUCUUUACUAUUGGAGGAAUGAUAUUGGGUUUGUGUGCAAAGCACCAGAUAACAGCUGUAAACAUCAAAGUAAAAGAACAGAUACUUUAGCAUGUUGGGUUUUAUAAAUUAGCCUCAUUAUGCAAAAAGUGUCAUCAAAAUAAUUUUAGGUUUAAAUCAAUUUGAACCCAAAUGUAGCUGGCCUGUGGUGAUGUUUUCCAGAUCAGUCUUUAGGUGGGAAUGGAAAUUGACCUUGAAGCUGAGCCUGAAUAUGAUCCUGCCACAUCUUGCCUUGCUGUAACUUCAGAACUGGAUCAUUAUGGGGAAAGAGAGUCUGUUAGAAAAGGAAAGUCUCAGGUUCUGAGCAGACUCGUGCACAGAGGAGAGUUGCUAACUUUUUGUUUUUCUCAUCUUGCCAAUACCCUGCAAACAUCCAUUUGUAUGGAGCACUGCUUGUCCAGUAAACUACAUCUUACUAACUUGUGGUAUCUAGAUGUGAUGAAAUUGCUUUGUGACGGUACCAGUAUUCUGGGAUUCUGUUAAAAGUUGUGAUUAUCAUCGUGUCUGUUUUUCUUCCUAAGGUAGUAACACUACAGAAAUUUCUUCUCAUACUCCUCUGUCCUCUUCCCCUCCUCCUCACCUCAGCCUCCCACCCCUUCCCCUCGCUCUCUUGCCCCUCCCCACCUCCCCUCGCUCUCUUGCUCCUCCCCACCUCCCCUCGCUCUCUUGCUCUGUCUGUCUUGAGAUAGCUCAUGGUCUUGUGUCCUGAAUUGAGGAAUUAAUCUGGGCUUUACAACAUAGUGAGUUUUUUGAUAUUACCUGAUAACUAUUCGGAUGAAUGAGAAGAUGGGACAUGGUGCACAGCUUGAAAUGUUUGUCAGCAGCAAGGACAAGCCAAACCAAGUCAGUCUUGGAUGCUUAAUACCUUACAGAUGUAUCCAGGAUGGUGUAAUCCACUCAAUUUUGAGGAAGCACAUAAAUUGAAACGCAAGAUGAUCCUAGAUUUGAGCAGUAAUGACAAUUCUUCGAUUAAGAAAACCUUCCUGAACUAAAAAAGGUUGGUUUGCAGUUAAGAAGGAUGUACCCAAUACCUUGUAUAUCAAUGCAUUCAGCUUUCUGCAGUAAUUGUUGUCAAAAUAAACCAUAUCUGAGCUGUUUGAAACUUAACUAGUUUGGGGGUUUUUGCACAAUUGCCUAUUGAUCAAUUUGCACUUUAACUUUUUUUUUAGUGGUAUUAGCCCCACCUGGAGGCUGUUCUUCAAACUGAUGAUCAAAUGUGGUCAAUUCCUGAAAUAAUUCAGUGGUUUUAGUUGUUCCCUCCCCUUCAAAAGUAAGCAUUUAACACUCUUAAAAUUAUUCUUCUUGUGUAUAGAUGUUCAAUGCAUUCAUCCAGGAUGCCUUUGCUCUUUACGCUGAGGCUUUAAACAUUUUAUUUUUACUGGAUUGAUAUUAGGAAAUAAGUGCAAGCGGAGAAAUUUCACAAGUAUGCUAACACUAUAGUCUUGUGUAGCUUCAAGACAGAUGAUAUCCAAGAUAAUGAAGCUGAAGGACUGAGUGUGGGAAGUAAAGUUUUAAUUUUGGGAGAAAAAUAGCGGAAGAAAUCUCUACAUAUUUAAAUGCAGACCACUCAAUUUUAAAAAAUACCUCCAUGCAUUGGAUAACUUGAGUGUUUCUAUAGCUUGCUGACUCUUUUGUGUAAACAUGAGAUUGAAACUCAAUACAAAUCGUUAUAAAAUAUAUAUCAUUUUCACAUUAGCUCCUGAGAAACUUAAAAGAUGCCUCUUCCUCAUUUCUUCUGCCAAGAUUUGUGUUCAUACCCUCCCCUAAAAUAAGUUUGUCCCUUGUAUGUUAUGUACAUCUGUCUAAGCAUCAGGCGUAGUAUACUAAUAACCAAAUCCUCCAUCCCCAACUCUUCAACUGAAAAGAUAAAGUGGGUUCCACAAAAUAUCUUGCAGCAUUCACCACACUUUGCCUCCAGUCUGAGGUAUAUUCUGUUUGGUGUCAGUAGGAAAGUUUGUACAAAUGUGCACUAGAGACUUACAUAAUGCGAGAUGGUUUGCACACUGCUCACUCUCACAGCUUUUUCCAGGCCAGACUGAUGAAUGUGUCUCUGCAGGCCCUAUAAAUCCCAGCUUAGGACAGCAUUGAGCUAGUUUCUGGUUUCACAAGCUUACCACACAGAACUGCCUCCUGAAAUUGGUAGUCUAACUUUUUGACAAUCCGGAAGGAUUGCAUAUAAAAAAUAUAGUUCCUAUUCUGCACUGUCUGACUUUGAGUUGAAACUCUCUGUCUUUCCUUGUUACUCACCUAGGUCUACGUAUUACUUGUUCCAAACCCCACUCUGCCAGUGAGCCCACAGUGGUAGAAAGCUAUGUUAGGAAGGCCAGCGGGGACUCUUCAUCUCCUGUGUGGUGCCUUUAGUUCCUUCAUUUAAACUCAGACUACAAUCCAAUUUUCAUUUCUUCAUCGUGUCUCUCUUUGAAAGCAGGUCGUGCAUGGAAAAAGAUCAGUUUCCCAUCUUUAUCUGGGCGACUGGAGGAUUUAUUUAAGCCAGUUUGUUAUCCAGUUUGUUCAGGGAUUUGUCCACCCUUAUGUGGUUUGUCAUAUACUUGAGACAGAUUUAAAGUCCAGGCGUUGUCCAAAACAGUUCUUUCUAUGGCUGUUAAUUUGCUAUAAUUUUCAUGAUUACAAAAUAAAUGUGCAUAGAAUAACUGGAGUAAUGGUGUUGCAUUAUAAAUGAAAGGAGAGGGUCAUUAAUGCUAAGUGUAGACUCGGAGUGUUCCUUUGUUAGAAAGGAAAUUGAAUGGAACCUUGCCAAAUGGCUCAGUUGAUCAAUUGAUUAUCAAGUGUGAAGUCCUGAGCAAUGUAGACCAAGAUGAAACAAUAGAUAAUGCCAAUUGACCACCCUGGAGGAUAGGGUAACAAAACAUCUUUGCCACUGUUCCUGCCUUUCUCCAGUUGGAGGCUACAUGUGUGGCUGUUGGCAGAAUGGUAGAAAUAGGCUUAGCUGUGGUGCCACCCAUGACAUGGAACCCAUCAACAUCCAUUUGUCUAUCCUCACUGAUGAAAAAUAUAACAUUUGAAGUAUGAAGGGCCAGCUAAUGCCUUUGAACUGCCACGCAGUAAGAGUCUGCAGAGGUGAGGGAAUAAAAAAUUUAAAUUACUUCAUCGAUCAAAGGAAUAUAUAUAUUUAAAGAGCAAGUUAACUAAUUCCCAAAUUAGACAUUUGCAGAGCUUGCAAAUGAUUCCAGAAAAGUGUCAAAACUGUUUCUGUUUUUAAUUUAUUUGAAAUUUUCCCAAGUGAGAUGUGUGCAUACCCAAUUACUGUGUCCACCAUCAUGUACCCUAUCUUUAAUCAAGGUAGAUGUGGUUGGUGGCGAAAUGAAUAUCUUCCUAAGUUGACAAAUGACCUAAAAUAAAUCUUAAAACUAUUAUGAUCAAUGACGUUAACAGGCUGUACUGAGAUGUUUUGUGGAAGAAAAUAGAACAGGGCUGGGGUAUUUGGUUUUUCAUCAAGGCUGUAUAAAAAUACAAAGUGGACACUCCAAUCACGAUGCAUUGGCCCCAAAUAAAUCAGGUGUAGUUUUGAAUUUAAUGCACAUGGUGAAUUGCCGUUUGUAUUUCCCUGCAGGUAGUUCAUGUUCCUUCUUAAUUUCCACCUAAGUUAGUCUGUUCCAUCUGUGUCUCAUUCUUUCUGUAAUCCAUCCUCUGUUUGCUGAACUGAUCAUUUCAGAUGAAAUCAACGCCUUUACUCCACCUAACAUACUGUCUGUAAGCUGCUCCAUGUUUCAUUGCUCCCUAUAAAUGAUUAUAGGGAAACAUUCAAUAAACUCUGCAUGUGCUGAUGGAAGUGAACUACCCACAUCUUUUUGUUAGCAAGGUGUAGCACUUCCACAGAAGAACACUCAAAAGGUUUGUGCUCGUUCUUUUAAACAUAGUUACGGUUCAGUCCUUUCCAUUUUUUUUAAUAUAAGAUGCUCACUCCCUGUCCAAUGUAAAGUUUUUUUUUUCCCUUUAGUCUGCUACGUUUUUAUGCAGGUAAUUCUCCCCUCCUCUCAUCUUUUGAUUGUAUUUUGAACUGGAACAAUGGACUAUUGAAUGUAUAUCUGGGUAAUUGGGCUGUGCGUUAAUUGGACUUGAAUGGAGAAGGCCAUCUUCAAUCUCCUGACUGCCAGGAUUUAUUUUUCACAUUUUUCUGAAAUGGAGCACAAGAAGGUAAUGAAUUGAAAAAUGUGAAUGACCCAUCACUGUGCUUGAGAUUAUUGCCCUCCCCUAUAAUGUAAAUAUGUAUCUUUUCUGUUUUCCUACCACCUACGACAAUUAAUUUUACAACCUUACAACUCAAGUGGUACUACAAUAAAAACAAAGUAUGGUGGUUGCUGGAGAUCUGAAAUUAAAAACUAAGUGUUGGAGAAACUCAGCUGGUCCAGCAACACCUGUGGAGAAAGAAACAAUGUGUCGAGUGCAAUGUGACCUCUUUCCAAAUGAGAGUCAUAUUGGACUCAACAUUAACUGUGUCCACUUGCUGAGUUUCUGCAGUAAAUUCUGUUUUGACUUCAAGUAGUUCUAUUGUCUGUCCAAAAGUACUGAUGGCGGAUACAUCAGUUCUCUGUAAUGCUGGUUUCCACCUUCUGCAUCUGUAGGGGUACUAAGUGAAGUGAUUUGUCAUACAUAUACUAUUUCUUGAUACGUAAGUGAUAAACUGUGCCCAGAUGUCUCAUGAAAUUUCACUAGAUUUGACAAAACUGCUUCCAGCCUGCAAACAGUAGUGGGUGUACAAGUGAACAGGGUGAAGGUGGGGAAAAAUGGCUGUCUCACAAGCACCACAGUAGUUCUUUAAAACUUCAAAAUGAUAUUCAAAUUGACUCAAUUCACUGAAUUUUAAUAAUUUACAUACUUCUGUUCCAAACUCUCAAAUGUAUUUUACAUUCAGUUUAUAAAUUAUAUGCUGAAAAGGUCAAUUAUAUUAAUUUAUAAAAGAUGUGGGCUUAUUUGCAUUAAAAUGCUGUAAUGAUGUGUAUCUAGUGAUGUCGUCAAACAGACUGCUUUAUACCUAUGAGUUUUACUGCAGUGAACUCGCCAUAAGUUUAUCCUGGUUUCAUCUGUAUCGCUGCUCUGUGUAUCUUUUUAACCUGUUUAAAUGCGUAACCUAGAACUCUAAAGCAAAGAGCUUGUUGGUGAAGUUUAAAUUUGAAAGGAAUUUGUUCAAGGCGUAUCCCCAAUCUCUGUCAAACACCAAUGAGUUACUCCUCAAUGAUUGUACUGAGGAAGCUGGGGGGGAUAAAUGGGGAUGGAGCUGCACCUGACAUCUUAUUUGGUACGCUACACUUGUAAAAUGUUUUCAUUAUGAUAAUUAACACUUAUUUGAAUUAAAAAUAAACUGUGUUUUGAAUAUAUAAUGUGAUAUUGGUCUGACAAUUUGGGUAGGUGUUACUCUUUACACAAAUAGUAACUGUGUAUGUAAAGAAUGGUUGGUUGUGUUCCUAAAAGGCUAACCGCUCACAUCCUUUAUUACUGGUGUCUAGAACUUUUUUUUGUUGCAUUUAUUCAAAUAGUUCUCAUUUUGGAGCGAUUUGUACUACAAGUUCUCAUUUUAUUAAAAGUAAAAUGGUUGUUUUAACUGUUGAGUCCUGUGCCAGAAAGCUUUGGGUCCUUUUUGGAAACUGGCAACAUACACCCUCUUUCUUCUCUGCCUCAUGGUAUUUCUUCAGUUUUCUGCUGCCCUGGCAGCUUUUUGACUGCUUCAAACCCACAGCAGUACAUGACCUACAUGUGGAAGCUCUGGCUGUGUUGAUGGAUGAAGUGAAGAGACCAUGUGAACACUGCUACCUUUUGGCCUUGUCCAUAAAUGCAGAUGCACCAAGUAUCGAACGUUCCCAGCAUUUUAGGGCUUCAUCAAGGUUGACUAGGAGACUGGCACUUCAUUCAAAACGCAACUGCUCAUGGCUAAUUAAUGAAGAGAGAAAUACAAGUUUGCGAUUCAACAUCGGCAGUUCUCAAAUCACUGACCUGUGGUUUUUUUUUUCCCUCCCCACUUCUGACUGCUGCAGAUUUGGAAAUUUGUGAGCACCUCAGCUAUGCACGUGUGAAUGUCAAUCAUGAUCUGAAAGAGGCUGAAAUCUGUUUAAUCGAAUUGAUGUAUUUUGUGGUCUGGUGGUAACUUUGGCAAUUGGAUUGUGCACCAUUUCAAAAGGCAAGUUGGUGGACUUCAGGGGUUGUUGGGGGGGGAGGUGCCUGAGAGCUUUUGCUUCGAACAUCUCGCUCGGUCCACCUGCACCAUUGCUGCUGAACUUUUUUUUUCCAGUUUGUGCGAAGCCAUGAAGCAGAGGUCACUUCAUGUAAACAAAAAAUGAAAAAUCAUGCACAUUGAUUCAGAGAAAUGCCUUCUCCUUUCUAAUGGAGACCCAGAACUUAGAAUGGGCUAAAUUCCUUUUUAGAUAAAAUUGAACAAAUACUUUUAAAACUAAAGUUUUUUUCUUUUACAAAGCAGUUUGUGAAUGGUGAUCAGGACCAAUUCAACCCAGAGUGCAUGUGAUUAAGCUGAGGGUGAGCUUACGUUUCCCCUCCUGCAUAAACCAUGUAUUUGCUGAAGUAAUUUGUCUUAAUGGGAAUGUUGUAAAAAGAAACCCUACAGCCAUGUGCUAUGUAUCAUAGUUAAUAAAUCAUUCUUUUAAAGAAAA